AACCCCCCGAAACCCAAAAAGAGAGCAGCCACAGCAAACGCCUAAACACUUCUUCGCCCCGGCCCGAUCGGAAAUUUUAUUUUAUUGGAACAGAAAAUGAGCGACGAUGUUGAGGGUAUUGUGGUGCGACUCUUGGCGAGCUUGGUGCUCCACGGCGAUGCCACGUUCAAGAUACCACGAAUGGGCCUGGUCUCGGGGAAGCCCGGGAAUGGGAACGGAUAUCGCCGAGUUUCGUACAACAAUCGACGGAGUCGCCAUCGAUUCUGCUUGGUUGUGUACAUGCUGGCCAAGAUUCACCGCCUGCAGGUGAACGGCGGCAGCUACACCGUCCGGGGGCUCUACUACGGCGAUCCCCAGCUGAUACGGACGCAGUUGCACAUUGCCGCAGCCAGACUGGACGUCUGUCGUAUGCUGAACACGUCGCCCACUCGUUUGGGAGUGCUCUCCGCCUCCAAGGGUCUCAUGGCAGGCAACAUACGGAUGCUCAUGACUAACGGAGAUGUCCUGGACUGCAGCGUAUAUAGCGGAGCUAUCACGUUGCCCACGAAUACCGAACAGGUGGACCGCAUUGUCACCCAGGCGGAUCUUGUGCUGGUUGUCGAAAAGGAGUCUGUUUUCGAGAGCCUACUGGCCCGCGAUGUGUUCAGCACCUUCGGGCGUCGCUUCAUCCUGGUGACCGGCAAGGGAUACCCGGACUGUAGCACGCGGCGCAUCGUACAUCGACUUUCCGUAGAGUGUCACUUGCCGGCCUACAUACUCGUCGACGCCGAUCCUUUUGGCAUUGAGAUAAUGCUCGUCUAUCGCCUCGGCUCGCAGUCCAUGAGCUUCUCAUCGGGAGACCUUGCCACGCCUACGCUCCGGUGGAUUGGCCUCCACCCCUCCGAAAUACCGACACUCUCCAGCGGUGCGGUUGCCCUUAGCAGUAGGGAUAACAAGAAAAUCGAUGACAUACUCGCACGCGGCCACAUAGGUCUUGGAGUGCGACAGGAGCUGCGCUCGCUGCAGCAAAUUCAGCAGAAGGCCGAAAUCGAGAGUGUCAUUGACUUCCUUUCCACCGACUACAUUCCGAACAAAAUAAAUCGGAAUUUAUUUCUAUAGACUCUCCGAAAGAGAAUUAUUGUACCCACCUAAAACCGAACACUGAAAGUGUUCUUAAAUAAUUUUAAAGAAAGAAAAACAAAAGGCAAAAAAUCAAUCAUGUCAAAUCCAUUUUCAACUAUAUUAAAAAUAUUCGAGUAUUUUUAUUAUAAUUUCCUUUAUAAGUAAGACGUAAAUGAACUUCUGCUUGGUCUACGAGUAUUACUGAUUGAUUGGUUAAAUUCAAUUCAGUUCAACAUUUUUGUAAAAAAAAAUUAAACUUGUGGCAGAAUUCUAAAGUUUCUAUCAAGUAGUGUAGAGUUUAAGCAGAAUCGAUUUUGAUAAUCCAUAAAAUUGGCACAAUGGAAACUCGUUUAAUAUCAAUAAUCAACAGAAAUAUCAAAUUAAUUAACUAAUUACAUUCAUCUUUUUAACCACCAAACGCAAUGUAAAUGGAAAAAAAGGAAUAUUCCGAUUCCUGAAUGGACUUUUUAAAGCGUAAAUUGUG